UGAAGUCUGGACUCCACCUUGAGGCAGAAUGAGGUUCACCCUGGGAUCUCUGCUUCUUGUGAUGCUGGCCUGCAGCCUCUCUCCAGUCCAUGGUAUCCUGGAGGCCAAUAACACAAACUUAAAGUGUAAAUGCAUCCGAGAGCCCCUCAACUUUGUCCCCUUUGCGCUCGUUGAAAGGCUUCAAAUCCUUCCCCCUGGGAAUGGAUGUCCAAACAGGGAAAUCAUAGUCUGGAUGAAGAAUAAGUCAGUUUUCUGCUUGAACCCCAAGGCCAAAUGGAUACCAUCACUAAUUAAGGCGGCAAGAAAAAAAUCUUUUCCAGCAUCAUCAGCUCCAGUGCUCAAGAAAAUGAUUGCCUGAUACCAAUACUCCCACCAAGAACACCUGCAUUCCCCGUCCCCACCCCCUUCACUCCUAUUCUCAGUUUUAGUUUUGCGUUUGAUCGGAUCUUUUCCAGGAAAAAGAUCUUCCCCAUCUGCUCAAGCAUGAGAAUAUAUGUACAGAUAACUUUGCAGAAGCUGAUGGGGCAAACUUGAGCUUUUUUUUAAUACAGUACCCUACAGACUUAGAGUCUGCAUUCUUAGUCAUCAAGGAGGAAAGUUUCUUAAAGGAUAGUUAGUUAUAAAUGACAUAGGUUUCUUUCAAUGAUAUACCUGUUUUUUUGAAUGCUGGAUUUUCCUACAAAAUAAGGGAAUGAGGAUUUAAAACUCAAAUCUGAACAUGUGGCUUGAAUUAAAGAGAAUAUGAUAGAAUGUGUUUCAAUCAUUUUACACCCUAAGAACAGCAAGCUUCCAUAAAAGAUUUAAAAAGCUGCCUGGGAAACCCAUGGAAUUUCAGCCUGAUAAGAGACAAAGGGUUCACAUAAUAGAUAUCCUUCGUUUAAAAGCUCACUAUUGAGAGGAAGGAGGUCCUUCUUCUACUUUUAAAGAGUUCCUUUAUAAGAUUAUUGUCACAGAUAAAAGCUAAUAACAUUCAAAGUUCCCCAGACUUAAAUUCAUAGAAUAUUCAGGAAAAGCAUUUAAAGCGUGAUAUUUAGACGUAUUCUUUUAUACAUUUGCUUUGAUGAACUUUUUUUAAUCACAACUUUU